AUGUCGACCACAAUUGACAUCACGGAGGAAACCAGCGCGGUUGCAAAGGGCAAGGCACCACUCAUCGCCACAACCACUUACAGCGACGGUUCCAAGGGGAACAUCAAAACCAAGGGCGCCGUCGCCGCUGCUGGGUACAAGAAGGGGAUCGCCAUUUUCGACUUCCUUCUCAGGCUAGGCGCCAUAGUCGCAGCUCUCGCCGCCGCCGGCACCAUGGGCAGCAGCGAGCAGACCCUCCCUUUCUUCACUCAGUUCUUCCAGUUCCGAGCUAGCUACGACGACCUCCCCACUUUUCAGUUCUUUGUGAUUGCAAUGUCAAUCGUGGGGGGCUACUUGGUUCUUUCCCUCCCCUUCUCAAUCGUCCUCAUCAUCCGACCAUCAGCGGUCGCGCCCAAGAUGCUCCUCGUCGCCCUCGACAUCGUGGCUCUGACUCUGAACGCGGCGGCAGGAGGGGCGGCGGCGGCGGUAGUCUACUUGGCGCACAACGGCAACUCGAGCGCCAACUGGCUGGCCAUCUGCCAGCAGUUCGGCGACUUCUGCCAGAAAGUGAGCGGCGCUGUCGUGGCUUCCUUCAUCUCCGCUGUGGCGUUGGUGUUCUUGGUCGUCCUCUCUGGUUUCGCCCUGCGAAGGCAUUGA